AUGGUGGUAGACACGGAAUACUACGAUGCUCUAGGCGUCAAGCCGGACGCAUCUGAGCUGGAUAUCAAGAAAGCCUAUCGCAAGCUUGCUAUCACUACCCAUCCAGACAAGAACCCUGGCGAUGAAUCUGCACAUGAGAGGUUUCAAGCUAUUGGCGAGGCCUACCAGGUACUAUCAAACAAAGAUGCCAGAGCGCUGUACGACAAGUACGGAAAGGAGAAAGCUAUGCCUAAUGAGGGCUUUGAAGACCCAUCAGAGUUCUUCAGCAUGAUCUUCGGAGGGGAUGCAUUCGUUGACUUGAUCGGCGAACUCACGCUAUUGAAGGACUUAACACAUCAGAUGGAUCUCGCGACAGAAAUGGAAGAGCAGGAAAAUUUAGCCGCUCAGGCUGAUGCCAAACUCAAUAUCAACGAGAAGCAGGAACAGGCAGCCGCUCAACACUCUACUGGACAAACGACUAACACUACGCCUGCUUCAACGGGAGCUACACCAAUGCCGGCUUCUGUAUCUACAGAACAUCCAGUAACGAACGCAGCUGCUCCUCAAUCCUCCACCUCGGGAACAUCCACACCUAGGCAGAAACCAAGAUAUCCCACUCAAGCCGCGCUUAUGGAUAAAUCUGAGGAAGAAGCCCGCAUGGAUGCAGCAGGCCUGUCUCCUGAAGAGAAGGAACUCAAGAAGAAGCAGAAAAAGGGUGGUCUGACACCGGAGCAGCGAGAAAAGCUUGCGGCAUAUGAGCGUGAACGUCAACAGAAGCGACAGGAGCGAGUUGACACUCUGGCUCGAAAACUCAUCGAUCGUAUCUCAGUAUGGACAGAAACUGAUAAAGGCCCUGAGGUGACCAAGGCUUUCCAGGAGAAGAUUCGACUUGAAUCGGAAAACCUUAAGAUGGAGUCGUUCGGUAUCGAGAUUCUCCACGCUGUGGGCUACACCUAUAUCGCAAAGGCCACAUCCUUCUUGAAAUCACAGAAAUUCCUUGGCAUCUCAGGUUUCUUCAGCAGAUUGAAGGACAAGGGUAAUCUAGCGAAAGAGACCUGGAAUACAAUCUCCACAGCCAUCGACGCUCAGCUGACCAUGGAAGAAAUGGCUAAACUCGAAGAAGCCGGUGGCGCAGACUGGACCGACGAGAAGAAAGCAGAGUACGAGCGGAAAGUGACUGGCAAAAUCCUGGCUGCAGCAUGGAGAGGUUCUAAAUUCGAGAUCCAGGGUGUUCUACGGGAUGUCUGCGACAAAGUGCUGAACGACAAAUCCGUGAAGAUGGAGAAGAGAGUAGAACGAGCACAUGCAAUGGUAUUAUGCGGCACAGUAUAUCAGAAAGCAGCCAGAGAUCCAGAUGAGGAGGGUGACUACAUGGCCUUCGAGCAGUUAAUGGCGGAAAGCAUGAAGAAGAAUGAAGACAAGAAAGACACUAAGAAGAAGAAGGACGAGAAGCACUCUCAUGGUGUAUUCGGUGGGCACGGCAAACAGUCAAGUACCGCUGAGGCUGGAAAGACGAGUACAUAG